AACCCUUUUCGCACGGAGUCAGAAUUGCACGUUUCUUGCCGCGUCCGCUCGUGAGAGGACGAGAUGAGCAGUGUUAGUGGCGGGAGAAUGAGGUGCCACUAUGAGGUAUUGCAGGUGGACCGCGACGUAUCGGACGCCGACCUGCGGAAGGCCUAUAGGAAGAUGGCACUGAAAUACCACCCCGAUAAGAACCCAGACGACGUGGAGGAGUGCACUAAACUCUUCAACGGCAUUCAACAAGCCUACGAAGUCAUCAGCGACCCCCAGGAGCGCGCAUGGUAUGACAAGCAUAGGGAAGAAAUUCUUCACGGAGCUGGUUCAGAUUUCAAGGACGACAGUCUGAACAUCAUGCCCUUCUUCUCAACGUCGUGUUUCUCCAGUUUUGGAGACGAUUCUAGAGGGUUCUAUAAGGUGUAUGGAGCAGUGUUCUGCAGAAUAGCAGACGAAGAAGAGGAGUAUAUGGAAGAGGAUGGAGAGAGACUGCCUUGCUUUGGACUGUCAGCUACACCAUAUGAAGAGGUCCAUACAUUCUAUGCCUACUGGCAGAGUUUCUCCACUCUCAGAUCAUUUGCCUGGGAAGACGUCCAUGACCUCAGACAGGCUCCCAACAGGAAGGUGCAGAGGUUGAUGGAGAAGGAGAACAAGAAGGAGAGAUCCGCAGCUAAGAAGAAACGCAACGAAGCAGUCAGGCAACUGGUGUCCUUUGUUCGUAAGAGGGACAAGCGGGUGCAGCAGUAUAGGGAGUCUUUGGAGGAGAAGGAGAGGGAGAGGAAAAAGAGAGCUGAGGAGAAACAAGCCAGAGAUAAACAGAGGAGGCUCAGGGAGAGACAGGAGGCCCAGGAACGGUACCAGGCUCAGAAAUGGGAGGAGUCAUUGGAACAGGAUCUCCUGUCGAUGGAGGCGAGACUGGAUGCAGAGUACGGUCGUGAGGGGGAGGAGGAUGAGGAGAGAGAUGUGGGGUACGAGGAGGGAGGAACUUUCUGUCACGCCUGCAACAAAAUGUUCAAGUCUGACAAGGCAUUUUCAAACCACGAGCAAUCCAGGAAACACAGAGAGAACGUGGCAAUACUGAAACACCUGCUGGAGGAGGAGGAGGAGAGGGAGAUUAGAGGUUCAUCACAACAAACAACACAACAACAAGAAGUGAUAAGCAGCAGUCAACAACAACAGAUACACAACAAACAAAUGAUAAACAACUAACAAUGGCUGAUAAACAGCAAGCAACAAUAACAGCAGAUAAACAAGAAACAAUGGCAUCAUCAAUGGAGAAUCGAGUGUUGGGAAGCAACAGACAAAAGAAGUGAGAGCUGAAGAAAAUCCGUUGUCAAAUGAUGAAGGGGAAGUUGAAGAGGUGGAGGGGGAGGGGAAAGAAGGGGAGGAGAAAGGGGAGAAGGAAGUAGAGGUAGAGGAGGAAGAGGUGGAGGGGAGGAGAAGGGAGAGAAGGAAGUAGAGGUAGAGGAGGAAGAGAUGGAUGAUGUAACCGAAGAACUACAGAACCAGCAGCUGUCAGACUCAGACAGUGAUCCUGACUUGACUACUGCAUCCUCAAUCAGGAUCGUGGGUCAGGAUGGUAUGAAGCAAGCUCAUGACAACCUACCUAGGGCUGAGGACACACCCACUUCUGUGGGUGAGAGGGCGCACCCUGAGAGCUCCGACUGAUGAUGACUGGUUUUCGCCAUCAAAGUCAAAGAGAAAGACAAGGAGAAAAGGCAGAGCUAAAGAGACAGUCAAUACUUCCACAAAGUCGCAAACAGCUCAGACUCAACCUGAAUGCCUCCAGUGCAGUGUUUGCUCAACUGUCUUCAACUCAAGGAACAAGCUGUUUCGCCACAUAGAGACGACGGGUCACGCCAUACCUCCCCUCCUCCUCCUCCUCCUCCUCUUCCUCAACCAAUCCCAGCACAAGGCAAAGAGAAAAAACAAGACAAACAAAAAGUAGCAUUUUGCAAAAAAAAUCUAGCUAUUUAUUUAUACUUCCACAAUCGUUCAUCUUCCAGUUGUUUUUAGUACAACGUUGAGAGGCUGACAUGGAAAUCAUGAAAUCGAAAUUGACAAUAAUUAAGAAAACUGAAUUAAUAUAUAUUCCACAAAUAAUAAUGACACCUGGAAAUCCGAUGGUUUAUCCAUAUAAGUUCAUACAAAAAUUUGCAGGAGGGACAUUGAAAUGACGUGCGAGUUUGGUGAAGAGAGGAAUGUGCUAACGAGUACAUCCCUUGCUAACAGAGUAUAUAGUGAGAUGCUGGACUAGUACCAAACGGGGUUGCCACAGUUACCACGCACUGACUGGUGUUGUCAUGGUUACCACUGGCACCGUUGUUCUAGUUGUGAGGUUGGGGAGUGUGGGGAGUGGAGGGAGGGAGGGAGUGAGGGUCACCACAGGCGAUGCAGGUGAAGAUUCCUACUGAGAACUGUCGCACGUCGUGAGUGAAACGAAGGGCGUCGAGGAGGGGGAGGAGCUCCAGCAGAGCCGUGUCGUGGGGCUCCGAGAACCACGACUUGAUGGGUACUGCAUUGUCUGCGAGAGAGGAGAGAUGAUGUAAUGAUGACAUCGUAAGUAAUGACAUUGUUGAGGUAAAUUAUGCACACAAAAAGUUCUGAGUGGAGGGUACAGGUGGGCAUUAUUUAGAGUGUGUGUAGUCAAAUGGAAAAUUAGGCUGAGACUGC